UAUGUAGCAGUUUGGUGUUGGUAUUUUUGAGCUAAACAAAAAGCACCCUACAGAGACCAAUUCAUUGUGCCAUUUAAGUGAUCGUAUGUUAGAGUUUUGGCUGUAAAAAGCCGUAGUAAACGCAAUCCUAACAUAAAUGUUUGGUACUUCUUUAAAGUAGUCACCUGGUGGUUCGGCGAAAGAACGCCAAUUAGAAAAAACCAGGCAGGCAGAGGUUGCGCUUUACGAAUAGCUAUACCAAGGGAUUUAACCCCCUGAAUUGCUUCGCAAAAGUUAAUACACCAUAUUUGGUAGAACAUGUGAAAACAUUGACUACUGUAUGAAGUCAAAUACAAACUUCCUUGUUCGUUAGUGACAGGAAAGUCUUGUGUAGUACAGAACCGUAUACAAUCUUCGCAGUCGAAUUUUAGGAAGGGAAUCCAUAAGCUCAUAAACCAGACUGUUAGGCUGUGCAGGAAUUGUUUAGUGUUCGCUUCGACCAAAAGUAGUGUCGCUAAACGAGAUGCUUAUUUUGUUUGUCCUGUUUUUCUAACUUAUGUACCUCGAGAUGAACGGUGCGAACGAUUCAUGUGUCUGUAUUAAAGACAUUAAGCCUGGACUGAAAAAUUUAAAUGUCGUCUUUAUUGUUCUGGAAAUUGGUCGUGUUACUAAAACAAAAGAUGGACAUGAAGUGAGAGCGUGCAAAGUGGCAGACAAGACCGGCAGUAUCACGAUCUCGGUUUGGGACGAAAUGGGAAGUUUAAUACAGCCAGGGGACAUCAUCCGUUUGACAAAGGGGUAUGCUUCUAUGUGGAAAGGCUGCUUAACACUUUAUACAGGAAGGGGAGGUGAUCUUCAGAAAAUUGGGGAGUUUUGUAUGGUAUUUUCUGAAGUGCCAAACUUUAGUGAACCCAACCCCGAGUUGAUCAACCAGUGUGUCCAGCAAAACAAAGUUCCACAGGGUGAACAGAGAAGCAACUCUCCUCCAGCAGGUACAGUUCCUCAGACUGGUAAUGGAAAUGGUACACAGAACACUGGAAAUAAUGGACCUCCUAACAAUCAUUCCCAACAAGAGAACUCUUACUCUGAUCUUACAAGAGUAAAUGGCCGUGGUCCACUAAAUCGUGUUAAACCAGGGCCAAAUGUUACAAACCCCUCACAGCAGUCUGUGGCAACAAUUAACAAUGGCAGGGAUCCACGACGAGUAUCCAGAAGAUGACCUUCACCCUUGACCACCUUUAUGAAACUACAAGCCUACUUGAAUAUAAUUGCACUUUUAAUUUAUAACAGACUGAAAGUUGACUGAAAGCAUUUUUUAUGUGGGUAUUUUCUUGCAGCUGGGUGGUUGCAAUUGCAUUUGUUCAGUUCUUUCAUUUGACAGCUCAGUUUUCUCGUAGCAGAGUUGCUACUGCAGGAGUCCAGUUAAGCGGUUGAUCAGAGAUAAUAAAGAAAAAAGGAAACUAAAAGA